CACAAUAAAGGAAUUUGUGAUCCAAACCUCAGAAAUGUACAGUGAUCUUGAAAUGAGCGUCAGUCCUAAUAUUUCCAUUUGGGCACCGGGACAAGCAAUAGUCGGAAGGGCAGUCUAUCAGCCUAUCAAGUCUCACGCGGCAGUUGAUUCGGUAUCUUCUCCUUGCUCGACUCCAGAAUAUUCUCAAAGUCUCAGCCUUGAGAGCACAGUCCUCAUGUCUUCAGCAAGAGGGCUUACGUCUGGUAGCAGCAUGCCUACCACAGUCAUAGCUGGUCAGGAAAGACAACCAGUUUGCGACGCACAGUCUCCAAACAUGCCCCAACCACCUCCAAGGAGCAUAAACCCCAGGCAAGGCAGGAGGAACAAAACAUUCGUUGACCCCUGUGAAAUAGCUCCCCUUAAGAAAAGGAGAAUACAGCUUGAAAUGCUUAAUCCUGACGAGCGUGACAAAGUCCUUCAAAAGAGAGAGAAGAACAAGGUUGCAGCAGAGAAGUGUCGUGUCAAACGUCGUGAGAAGAUGCAUCACGUGAGAAUUGAGUACGACGAAUACCUUGAGUCCAACGAAGCACUUGAAAAGGAAAUAAGAAAACUACAAGAGGAACGUGACAAUCUUGAGCGAUUACUAAAGCAGCACAACUGUGUGCAAAGAGUUUAGCAAAACAUACAAAGACUUGAUAAAACUUUAGCAUCAUUAUUUUUGAUAAAUAUAAUGUAACACUGUGUGGAAGAAACAUUAUUUUUAUUGUUAAAUUUAUACAAUGUAAUGAUAUACAGGA